GUGUCAUUGGUGAAUUUGUUAGUUCUCCAUCCAAUGGGGUACAUCGGUAAAAUCAGGAACUAAAUAAUCUAUGGUUAAUGGUUCGGCUGUUGUAAUCCUGGAAACAGAGUCAAGGAAUGGCGAUGCUGUGAUGAGAUAAUGUAUAAUGAUUUAUCAUUGGAACCCACAUUUGACUGAGGUCGAUUGUCAUUUUAACUUUAACUUUUAAUCACCACAAACGAACAUGCACAAACUGGAUAACAUAAAAAGAAACCGGUACAUUUGAAGAUGUCCUCCGCCUCUUUGGCAGCGGUCACCGUUGAAACUGCUGCCUCUCCUGAAAAGGGCAGGACAGACUGGGAGUAAAGCCAUGGUCAAAGUGACUGGUUCAGCCCAACUUCCACUUUACCUUUUCACACCCAUAGGUCUGGCAGAGAGGAAAUGCAUGUACAUUGCUCCAUUUUUGCCAAAGUGUCAGUUUUUAUAAAAGAAGUUGGCUCGCACCGCCGCCCGCCACCCGGCGUCUCCAUCCCUCUCUCGGAAUUUCUAAAUUCUUAUCUUGGUCUGCACGUUGCUUGUCGGUGACUAUUAACAAACAGCAUUGUCUGCGAAUAAGUCAAAGGACAUAACUGUUUACACGCGACAACAGGGGGAGAGGGGCGAGGUGGUGAGUAUAUAAAGUACAUGCGGUGCACAUGUGGAGCCACUGACAGAACGGAGCGAAUGGAAUGCUUUUGCGCUCUUUUGUGAACGUACCUUGUAGCCAAACGUACGCAGUUGACACUGCUUCUCUUUUUGCAGUCUUUGAGCUUUUUUUAUGAACAGUAACAUUUCAUUUUGUGAACAAGGUUAUUUUAACUAAACUGAAGUAAUAUCAAAAUAUGGAUUUAAGAAUACUUCUCUCCGUGUUGUCAGUGAUGUACGUCGGAAUUGUAUAUACAGUCUCAUCGGCCCCUAUGGGAGAGAAGACAGCGUCUACCCCAAAAGCUACCCCUGGCCCAGUGCACCACAUCAGGAACAAGCGAUGCUCCUGCGCGACGUUCAUGGACAGGGAGUGCGUCUACUUCUGUCACCUGGACAUAAUAUGGGUCAACACGCCUGAGCGCGUGGUUUCUUACGGUCUGGGAAACGCGUCUAGAAAAAAGCGGGCCAUCAGGGAUUCCAAGCAAGACCCUCGCUGCAAGUGCGUCCGUGAAGAUGACGGAACAUGUGCUAACUUCUGUCAAAUCGAAAAUCACCCAAGAUACGGGGCAACUGGUGCGCUAGACACCGCGAUCCUCCGCCCUGCCCAGGGCGAUGACUGUGUUGAGGGGCGCCAGUGCAAACACAAGCUGGCUGCCAAGACGAGCAGGAUUAAAAGGGUGAAACACAAAGAGCAAAAAGCCAAAGUACCUUCGGCUCUAAGGGCUACAGUGAAGGCUCGCCUGCGGCUCGAGAAGUGGAGGGUGAGACAAAGACGCCGGGCGAGAGAAGAGCGAUGAGAAGGUUGAUUUCCACGUACUCUGUCUCACAUGAAUAGAAGGGAGGGUCUUGUCUCUCCCUGUCCACCCGCCUUUGGGGACUCGUGAGCCGUGGUCCCACGAGAGGCACCGGAAACCCAGCACGCAGCCUGCCACCGGACCCCCUUUUUUGAAACUUUCGGGGUGUGGGUCAUUUAGAAGGGUGGAUGGCUUGCUGGCGUGUGCACAUUUGUCUUGCCCUGGACCCCUCACAGAGACGCAGACAGUUUGUGAUGGCCACAGGAGCAAAUCAGACGGACAGGAGAUAUCAACUUCUAUUGACAACACUCGACAAGACGAGGACUGACGCUCGAUUGUCCCCGCAUGCUCUCUGAAGGCGUUUCUUUGGGCUUCAGUAGCAACCCUUAAACAAAAACUCAGAUAACACACUUCAAAACCAAGUGUUUAGGAUGAAAACACUUGACUGAACAUGUUUCUAUAAUCCUUUUUAAACACAUCGGGUCAUUUGAAAUUUCAACGAUAUGUGUCACAGUGUGUACAGGGGCAUCCGAUGUUAUAGUGGUUAAGAGCUUUGGGCAGGUUAUCAGCAUUUUAGAUUGAAUCCCUGAUCAUACAACUGUGAAAACAAAUCUGUCAUUCUGCCUUUGAGCAAAGCAGCUCCAGUGUCUGUGAAAUAGGACAAAUGAAAGCCAACACCUGAUAUUGUCAUUGUAAUAUAUAAAUACCAGAGCACGUUUGUUUGCUGUGACAAUUUUUCAACAUAUAAACACGUUUAUCCAGCACCCAAGGUGUUUGGGUUCUCAACAAUGGGGGUGUGGUUGUAAGAGUGUAGGGCGUAAAGCCAUAUUUGCAUGUUUCCUCGCAUGCCUUUUGAGUGAAUGUGAGCUACCCACCCAUGAACGUGUGACAGACAUGUUGUUGUUGCAUUCCUUUUCUUCAUUCCUGAAGCCUUCGUGGAGUGUCUGGUUCACUGAACGUGUUUACAAAAAAAAUGACAUAUUUCGUAACAUUUGUGUUAUGGCCGAGUUGUUCUCACUGUUGUCUAAAACACUUUGCUGGAGGUGUCUUGUUGGACAUGGGAGUCGCCAUGUGCUAGUUUGUGAAGUGACUUGUGGUUCAUUUGAGAAUCCAACUAGGGGUGAUUUUAUCACACACAACCUGCACUCAGAAUGACACCUGUCAUCAAGGAUACAGCAGCAACACUAAACGGGAUGAUGGGAAAGUGAACAUUAGUUCUAAUGUCUGAGAACUUAAAGGAUGUAGGUGUUCUCUUGGUAGAAAACUGACUGUUAAAGAGAUGACCGCCAUGUUUAAUCAUGCACGCUGAACGCAUGUGUUUCAGACAAGGACACAUUAGGAAUAUCUAAAUGCCUAAUUUUUACAUUUUAAACACUUGGGUUUGGGUUAUAAACGUGUCACCCGUUUCAUGGUUUCACACUGUAGCUAAUGAUUUUAAUGGCUGAUACAUUUCUCUAUGCAUUCUUGUGGCUGUGGCCGGAGGGGAAAACUCAUAGCAGCAUCAGUAGCUCACCCGCUGCUAUCCUGUCCAGAUUUCUUGUUUCUGCUGUAUUCAGCUUGACAGUGGAUUCAAGAAAGAUCAUAAGCUAAUAUGCUUAUUGAUUUGAUUCAAUGGCUUGGCAUAGGUUAAACAAUUAAUUUAUUCCUGGCCUUAUCACAGUUCAAUUGAGGUUUACUACUUGAGACAACAGACCUGACCUUUCCAAAUAACCUUGUUGCUAUUAGUAGUUGUGAGUUUUUUGCCGAUAUUUGGUUCUGUCUAUUGUUGUCUAGAAUUGUUCUAUACACAUUGUAUAAUAAUUCCAACUAUAUGUUUAAUGCACAUUGUUCUGCCCCUUUUUUAUUUAUUCAACUUAUUUAUAGCAAUUUUGGCCCUGUGUGAUAUGUCAUUUCUGUGAAAUGCUUUUUUCGUCAAGAUACCUUUGGCAAGCUUAGGGAAAUAAAUUGUCACAUUUAUUUAAAAUCA